GCAGGGGGUUUGAAAUCGAGAACUUUGCCGUACUGUCAUUAGUUGACAAUUUAAUUUAAGUAAAUAGGGCAUGGUGAACUAUAACAGUCACUGAAUAACGUGUGGUAUUCUUAUUCAAACUAAUUUAACAGAACAUUCUUAGUUUAAUUCUGUCGCGAUGCAUCUUUAAGAUAAUUUAUGUACUGUAACAUGGCUUCAUUCUGUUCGUAAAGUUUUGAAAAAUAUAACGUUUGUGUGCUCCCACUUUUUUCAUAUUGUUGCAUCACAAAGCCAAGUUCAAGAUGCAGUACAUGAAUUCAUCUCCUGUGAUGACCAUGAUUCUUCAACCAGAAUUCAGCCCUGCACCCCGACAACCCAACGCUUAUAUGGUGAUGGCACCCUCGACCCCUCCGCCCGUCUACGGAUCAUUCAGAAGGAAAGAUAAAUCGAGCAACUACCCCCCUCCACGGGUUUCAAAAUACACAGAAUACGCAUCGCCUCAAAGAACCACAUAUUCAUCAUCAAGAAGACCCUACACGGCCCCCCAUACCCAGAAGGGCACGCAAACCCCAUGGUCCCAACCUGAGCACACUACGAGAUCACCUAGAAUUAUUCGAAGGCCGGCGUCCAGUAGUUCAAGCUCGACGUCCAGAUUCAACUCUGUCAGGAGACCUCCUUAUGCUCCCCGAAUGAUGGAUGCUACGGCAACCAGUGCGAUGCAGUCGUACCCAGCAGCCCCAAACAACGCAAAACUUCCAGAAUACGAUCCACUGUACGACCCUCACUUGAUGGAUUUCUACGCCAAGAAAUAUGGACUGAGACCUCAGCCACCAAGAGGCAGCAUGGAGCGUCGCUGGUCAGUCCCGGGACACGGAAUGAAUUCAUCGAUGUCCGGUUCAGUAAAAUCUUAUCGAUUUGGAUCAGCAAAGGAAAGGAGGAGUUAUGAAGGUUACGGAGUUCGCAGUCGAAGAAAAGCGAAAAGAAUGCAAGAGAUUGAAUAUAAAGUUACUGUGAGAACCGGAACAAAACAAGGAUGCGGGACUGAUGCCAGGGUAUUCUUGAGAAUCAAUGGUCGUCAAGGCAAGACUCAAAAGACAAGGUUGUGCAAGAAAUCGGGGCAAUCCAAUAUUAAUAUGUUCAGAUUUGCAAAAGGAUCUUCACAUACUUUCAAAAUAAGAGGAAUGGAUGUUGGAGAAAUCAAAAGCAUUGUGGUUGAAAGUGAUGGAUUAGAAGAAAGACACAGCUGGUUUCUACAGGAAAUAAUUGUCCAAAGGAAAGAUCGUUCAUACACUUUCAACUGCGAACGUUGGUUCUCGUUAUUCAAAGGCGAUUGUCAGUUGACGAGAGAAUUGAACGCAGUAUCUGGAAAGCAAGCAAAAAAAAUUGAUUAUGAAGUCACUGUUGUUACUGGAGAUAAACGUGGAGCUGGCACUGAUGCCAAAGUAUUCCUCACAAUCCAUGGAUCGAAGGGUUCGUCACCGAGACUGCAGUUGAAAAAUGAUCGCUACAACACCUUUGAACGAAACAAAUCAGACGUUUUCAGUUUACGAACGGUGAACGUUGGAAAAAUAAGAAGAAUUAGAAUCGAGAUUGACAACCAAGGGUUUGCUCCUGCAUGGUAUCUUGAAAGGGUUGUGAUUCUGACUUCGUCACAACGAGUAUAUUUUGCAUGCGGAGAGUGGCUGAGUAAUGAUGAUCAACUGUACAGAGAUCUAGUUGGCAGUGAUGAUGCUACAGGAGUCGGGAAAAAGAACCAAUAUACAGUUACUGUAUUUACUGGAGACAUUCGGGGUGGCGGGACUGAUGCAAACGUAUCGUUGACGUUAUUUGGAGAUAUGGGGAACUCAGGCAAGAAAAAGUUGGACGACAAACACAAUAAUUUUGAACGAGGAAGGAAAGAUGUUUUCACCGUGAAAUGUCCGAACGUUGGAAAGUUGAAGAAACUUCGAAUUGGCCAUGAUAAUUCUGGAUCUUCCCCUGGGUGGUACCUUGAAAAAGUCAUGAUAGACGACAAUUCUACCGGAAGAAUUUACACGUUCCCAUGCGGACGUUGGUUUGCUAAAGAUGAAGAUGACGGCAGAAUCACAAGAGAACUCGUCGCUGGGAAAGGGGACGGAGGAAUUCCGUACACUGUAAAGGUUCAUACCGGUGAUGUUCGAGGUGCUGGCACAAGUGCUAACGUCUACAUUAUCAUGUACGGUGGACGGAGAGGUCAAGAUAACACAGGAAAAAUUGAAUUGCAAGGAAACUUUGAAAGAAAUCGUCAGGUCAUAUGCAAUGUAGAGUCCGCCUCCAUGUUGAGUCCGCUAGAAAAGAUUGAAAUUGGCCACGACAACAACGGCGCUGGCCCAGGAUGGUUUCUAGACAAAGUUAUUGUGAUCUGUAACAGCACUGGAUGUGAACAGGUGUUUCCCUGUUCCAAAUGGUUUGCCACAGAUGAAGGUGACGGACUCAUCAGCCGGGAAUUGUACGAGAGCAAAUCUUUAAGAAAACAAAUUGUACAAAAAUCUGCCUGGAACUGUGUAAUCUGGACAACAGACAAGAGGAGUGCCGGCACAGAUGCUAAAGUAUUUCUGCAGGUUUACGGGAGCGAAGGAAAGUCUGGUGAAAUAAGACUCAAUAAUGAAUCCGAUAACUUUGAAUCUGGACAGAAGGAUUCGUUCAAGAUUGAUUUUGUCAAUGUUGGUACAAUUUACAAGCUGAGAGUCUGGCAUGACAAUUCCAGAUCUUUCCCUGGUUGGCAUUUGGAUAAAAUUGUUCUUGAACCUGUCCUCGGAGGAAAGAAGUCACAGAGUUAUACUUUCAACUGCGGGAAAUGGCUGGACUCGUCUGAAGGAGAUGGAGAAAUCAUUCGGGAACUACCAGCAAGUGGACCUUUGGUGAAAAAACCACAACCACUGGUGCGUUACAUCGUUUCCGUGACAACAGGGAACAAAACAAAUGCAGGAACAGACGCAAAUGUCUUCUGUUGUCUGUUUGGGGAACAAGGUGACACAGGAGAGAGACCUCUUGUGAAAACAAAAUCCAGCAGGAAUAAGUUUGAAAGGAAAAAUGUCGAUGAGUUUGUCAUUGAAGCUGUGACCUUGAAACGUUUGACCAAGGUCAAAAUAGGUCAUGAUGACACAGGUGUCGGACCAGGAUGGUUCCUUGAGAAAGUGGAAGUAUGGGAAGAAGGGAGAGGAGACAAAAUGGUUUUCCCGUGCGAACGAUGGUUGGCUACUGAUGAGGAUGACGGCCAUAUUGUUCGGGAAUUAAUGCCUGAAGGAACACCACAGUUGCUUAAUACUACAACCUACCAUGUAUCAGUAAAGACAGGGGAUAUCAGUGGAGCUGGAACAGAUGCCAAUGUCUUCUUGAAAAUUAUUGGCGGCGAUGGUGACACAGGACGUCUGAAACUUCAUCAAAGUGAGAAUAUUCGAGACAAAUUUGAGCGAGGACGAACCGAUUUAUUCAAACUAGAAGCAACAGACAUUGGAAAACUGGAAAGAAUAGAAAUUGGUCACGACGACUCGGGCAUUGCAUCCGGGUGGUUUCUAGAUGGAAUUGAAAUCGACGUUCCAUCGAGCGGACUCCAUUAUACUUUCAACUGUCACCGUUGGUUGGCUUCUGACGAGGACGAUGGCAGAACAUUUGUGGAAUUGUACCCGACACAUACAAGGCAGCAAGAUAAAUUGCUCCCCUAUGAGAUCACAGUGACCACAGGAGACAAAUUGAACGCCGGUACUGAUGCUAACGUGACGCUACAAAUAUAUGGGGAGGACGGAAAAUCAGAAGUUCUGAAACUCAGAAAUCGGACAGAUAAUUUCGAGAGAGACGCUGUGGAUAAAUUUAAGGUGGAAGCGCAAGAUGUUGGUCCAAUAACUAAAAUACGAAUUGGACACAACGGCAAAGGUGUCGGCCCAGGAUGGUUCCUGGAUUCGGUCAAAGUUCAAAGGUUCGUGAAAAGAACCAGCAAGAGAAAGAAAAGAAGGAGAGAAUCUGUUUCGCCCGAGAAAGGAGAUGUCGAGACGUACUGGUUUGUCUGUCGAAGAUGGUUCGACAAAAACGAAGAUGACGGACAGAUAAUGAGAGAGUUGGUGCCAACUGAUGAACUGGGAAGAGUUCUAGAUGAGGCUUUGCAAGAGAAAGAAUACACUGUUCAUGUCUUCACUGGCGAUAAAUUAGGAGCAGGAACAGAUGCCGAUGUGUUUAUGAUUUUGUAUGGAGAGAAUGGAGACACAGGUGAAAGAAAACUCGACAAAUCUGAGACAAAUAUCAAUAAAUUUGAGCGAAAGCAGGAGGAUAUUUUUAAAAUGAGAGCGGCUGAUCUUGGAACUCUGAAAAAGAUCAAAAUUCGUCGUGAUGACGCUGUUGUUGGUGCAGCCUGGUUCCUCGAUCGUAUUGAAGUUCGUUCGUCAGAUGGACGAUUGAUCUUCCCUUGCCAGCGCUGGCUGUCAACCAAAGAAGAUGACGGACAAAUAGAAAGGACUCUUGUUCCUGUAUCGGAGGAAGUGUACCAACGACUUCAGGAAAAAAACAAGCGCAAGACCAAUGUUCGUGAUGCCAUUGCUCUAGAAACAAAAGCCCAACUGACGACAUAUGAAGUCACUGUCAAGACUGGAGACGUACGAGGAGCUGGCACUGAUGCCAACGUUUAUAUGAUGCUGUACGGAGAGAAUGAUGACUCUGGAAAAAUAAACUUGAAGACAUCAAAGACAUACAGCGACAAAUUUGAGAAGAACCAUGCAGACAUUUUUACAGUUGAAGCCUCGGAUCUUGGAAAUUUGAAAAAAAUCAAAAUUGGACAUGACAACUCUGGAUUGUUGGGUGCAGCCUGGUAUCUUGAGUACGUGGAUAUAGACGCUCCAUCCAUGGGAUUGAAAUGGCAUUUCCCGUGCGGACGAUGGCUGGCUAAAGAUAAGGACGACGGGCUUCUAGAGAGAGAAUUGUAUCCUGCCGCCGAUGAGACUCUGGAAUACAUGAAGAAAGUGCCAUAUGAGUUCGCUGUAACAACCAGUGAUGUUUCUGGAGCGGGUACGGAUGCCAAUGUAUAUGUCGUUUUAUACGGACGAGACGGCAUACAAACAGAACAAGUUAGUCUCUGUCCGAACAAAGAUGACAGGAAAUCGAAAUUCGAAAAGAAACAAACGGAUACGUUUGUGAUUGAAAUGGAUGACAUUGGAGACACAAUUGAAAAACUGCGGAUUGGACACGACGGAAAAGGAUGGGGGGCCGGAUGGCAUCUCGAUAAAGUGCAAGUUAGGAGACUACUAGAAGGAGACAAAGGCCAUGAAACCUAUCUUUUCAACUGUGGACGUUGGUUAGCUCGAGACGAGGACGACGGCCAGAUCAUACGAGAACUCGUUCCAACAAAGAAAAUUGAAGAAAAAAUGUCACGAAGAGGACAAAUGAAACGCAUGGAAUCAACUUUGUCUGACACUUUGAAAAACCAGCAGUAUAAAGUGCACGUUUUCACCGGAGACAAAUUCAACGCCGGUACCGAUGCCAACGUUCACAUCACUUUGUUUGGUGAGAACGGAGAUUCUGGGGAGAGAAAACUACUCAAAUCAGAGACUUACUCAGACAAAUUUGAGAGAGGGCAUGAAGACAUUUUCACCAUUGAGGCCGUUGAUCUCGGGAAGUUACACAAAGUUCACAUCCGACAUGAUAAUUCUCUUCUCAACCCAGCUUGGUUCCUUGGAAGAGUUGAAAUCGAGGAUUGUGAGACAAACCAGAAAUUUGUUUUCCAUUGUGAAAGGUGGUUGGCUAAAGGAAAGGAUGACGGAAAGAUUGGAAGGUCUCUCUAUGUUGUUGGUUACGACGGGGAAACCUCGACAAAACGCAGCGUUAUGACAAGUAGAAGUUUCAGUAGCUUAGGAAGCAGGAGACUUUUGUCGGAGCCAUUGGUGGACGGACCAACUAUUCCGUACACUAUCAAAGUACGCACUGGAACACUAGAGGGAGCAUCAUGUAGCGCUGACGGAUUUGUUCGAAUUUUUGGACCGAAAUCUAAAGGAGGACAGAAAGUAUCGCACAAGAUUCCUCUGAUCCCAGAGAAAGGCAAAUUCAAGAAAGGAACUGUUGAAACAUUCAAUGUGGAAGCUUUAGAUGUCGGAGAGCUGAAAGCUAUUGAGAUCGGACACACAGGAGUUGAUGAGCGCUGGUACAUUGAAGAAAUAAUCAUCGAUCAACCUACAUUGGGAAAGAACUGGGUAUUCCCCUGCUUGAAAUGGUUUUCUAGAGAUCGUGAUGACGGUCACACUUCUCGUAUGUUGAGCGUAGCGGAUGCAUCGAGCAACACCUACAAAGCCAAGGUGCAGUACGAGAUCACAGUCUAUACUGGAGAUGAGAGUGGGGCAGGGACAGAUGGUAAAAUCUCAAUGUCCGUAUACGGAUCCAAAGGCAACACACCAGAUAUCAUGAUUCUCAAGUCAGAGGAGGAAGGGGUUCUACUAGAGCGUGGAUCCGUUGACGUCAUACGAACAGAGAUAGACGACAUUGCACCAUUGAAAAUGGUUAAACUAACUCACAAUGGGAAAGGACAGAGGCCUGACUGGUAUUGUGAAAAGGUUCACCUUCGUAACCUUGAAACUGGCAAGGUCACAGUGUUCCCAUGCGAUAGUUGGUUAUCAAAAAGCAAAGGGAACAAGAAACUUUCUCUGGAGCUUUCUGCUUCAGUCGGAGGGCGAUCGGUUCUGAAACGAACGUCGUUUAAAAUCACCGUGAAAACAAGUGAAACACCUGGAUCUGGGACGAAUGCAAAUGUCUUCAUACAAUUAUUUGGUGACCAUGGUGAAUCUGGAGAACUUCAUCUCAAUAAAUCAGAGACUCAUCGUAACAUGUUUGAAGCUGGGAAUGAAGACGUUUUUAUUUUCAAUGAUAAACUGAGCAUCGGAGAAAUCAGGAAAUGUAGAAUUUGGCACGAUUCAAAAGGAUUUAGACCUGGUUGGCAUCUCGAUUGGAUCGAAGUUCGCGACGAGACUUCUAACCGUAAUAUUCGCUUCAACUGCGGACGUUGGUUGUCUAAAGACGAAGAUGACGGCCAAACAAUGAGAGAAUUGCAACCACUAGGUGGAAGUAGACCUACCAGCAGUUCGAGUUCUCGGCGUACCCGAAGUCCUUCUGUGGCCAUCGAUGCAAAACCAACUAAAUAUGAAGUCACAGUUGUUACUGCGGAAGAAAAAGGGUCUGGCACUGAUGCGAAUGUUUGCAUAACAAUUUAUGGAGAAAACAGCGAUUCAGGGAAACGACCGUUGAAACAGAAAUUCAGAGAUUUGUUUGAGAAAGGACGAACAGAUAAAUUCACGCUGGAGAUAUUGAACAUGGGAGAAUUGACAAAGGUUCGUGUCGAGCAUGAUGACGCAGGAUUCAACUCUGAUUGGCUUUGUGAUCACAUCGUUAUAAAGGAUACGAGUACAGGGAGGGCAUGGGACUUCCCCUGCCGAGAGUGGAUUGGAGGAAAGAAAGGCAACGGACAACUACAUCGUGAUCUUCUUCCAAGACCUUUGUAAAUAUUUAGAAACUGUGACCUCGGAAAUGACCUAUGACACCAAGGUGAUCUUUGUGACCACUCAUGCAUGAGCACAUGAACCUUACUUUGACCUUGGAAAUGACCUUCUAACACCUGGAUGGCCUUCAAUUUAUUUACUUUUGUGUGUUACCAGUAACUCAUUGUGACCACUCAUGCAUAUGACUUCGAAAAUGACUUUUAACAUCAAGGUGACCUCCAUUUGGGUUUGCUCACGAAUGAUCACAUGAACUUUGACCUUGAAAAUGACCUUGACACCAAAGUGACCUUCAUUUGUUUUCACUGUAGUGGCAUUACUUUUUCAAAGACAUCUUUUUUUAUAUGUGGCCUUAUACUUUUAUAAAAGGGCCGAUAGCCUUUUCAGAAAAGGCUUUUCAAGAGUGUCAGGCUUAUUUAGAAAGAGGUUUGGGAGGGCAUUUCAGAGUAUAAAAAUAUAUAGCAUGCUUUUAUGCAUUCAAUACAUAUUUCUACAUAAUUUAUUUUUUACGGUACGAGUAUUUGUUACUAUUCAUGCAUAAAAUAUGACCUUUAACCCUAACUCAAAAUUAUUCCAAGUACUAUAGCACGAAUUUAUUGUUCAUUGGUUUAUAAGAUGUUUUAUAUCGUUACU